ACAAAGUGAAAAAGACAUCAUCUUCUUCGUUGAUAGAUCAAUAGGAACCCCAGAAGAGAAUCUUGAUCAAUUAAGUAUCAUCAUGUCUCACAUCGCUGUUGAAAGGAAUCGAAGAAGGCAGAUGAACGAGCAUCUUAAAUCCCUUCGUUCUUUGACUCCUUGUUUCUAUAUCAAAAGGGGAGAUCAAGCUUCGAUCAUCGGAGGAGUGAUAGAGUUCAUCAAAGAGUUGCAGCAAUUGGUGCAAGUUCUCGAGUCCAAGAAACGUCGAAAGACACUAAACCGACCUUCUUUCCCUUAUGAUCACCAAACAAUCGAGCCAUCCAAUUUAGGCGCCGCCACCACUCGAGUACCGUUUAGUCGAAUCGAAAAUGUGAUGACCACAAGUACUUUCAAGGAAGUCGGAGCAUGCUGUAACUCCCCUCAUGCUAACGUAGAAGCCAAGAUCUCUGGUUCUAACGUUGUAUUGAGAGUUGUCUCUAGGCGAAUCGUGGGCCAGCUCGUUAAGAUCAUCUCUGUCUUAGAGAAGCUAUCUUUUCAAGUUCUUCACCUCAAUAUUAGUAGCAUGGAGGAGACUGUCUUAUACUUUUUCGUUGUUAAGAUAGGAUUGGAGUGUCACUUAAGCUUGGAGGAGCUAACUCUUGAAGUUCAGAAAAGCUUUGUGUCAGAAAUGAUCGUCUCUACCAAUUAAAACCAAAAUUCUACAUGUACUACAGCGUGUAUCGUUUUUUGGGUUACAUGAGCAUAUGCAUACUUGAUACUUUGCUAGAAAUAAGCUCCUCUAAACAAAACUGUUUUUUUUUUUUAUUCACUUAUGUUUUACUUAGUUUGUUGUUGUAUCCGAACUUGAUCAAAGUUGUAAUUUCCUAUAAUAAAUCAUAGCAUUUUAU